AUGCCGCUCUCCCCGCACGCUAGCUCGUUCACCGUCUGCCACGCCACGGCGGUGUGGAGGACGACAGACAAGCGCUGCAUCUGCAGCCCGUGCCAGUUCUUGGUGGUCCAUGUGACCUCGUCCAGGAAGAAGAAUUUAAAUCUUCGCACGACAGUAGGCACGGGACUGGCGCGCACUGGCACUAACACGGGAGCCGCCUAA